UUUUGCCGCUGUUUACGGCGCCAUGUUUCAAUGGACAGAGACUUUCAUCAAAAUAUCUGCUGUAAUAUCGAUUUUAGUCAGCAUUAAUCGAGUUUCACCAUCUGUGACGGACGAACAAACAUUUGCAGAUCGUUUAUUACUCGUACGCAGUCAUUUUAUAUCAAUAUUGUUGCGGCAUGAGUUUGUGAGGCACCGAGACACUGUAAUGUGUCUCAUAGAAACACUUCAUUUGGGAUUAUUGUGUUACUUUAGGACUGUGGCGACUUUAUUAAAGCUUUAAAGAUCAGCAGGAUGUCCAUUGAUUUUGACAGUGCAGCUUUACAGACCCAGCAGGAGGAAGAGGAGUAUGAUCAGGAAGACUAUGCCAGAGAACAAGAGCUCCACAAGCUCCUGACUGAUCUCCCUGAUGAUAUGCUGGAUGACAGCGCCGACUGCUCCUCACCUGAGCUCGACCGCUCCACCUGCAGUCACCCAGAAGACAACAACAGACCGCAGCAUGCCUGGAAUGUGCCACAAUGGGAGCAUCCAAGACCUUCUUCCCAUGAGGAACACUAUGAGGAGUAUCAUGAGGACUACAGCUAUAGGAGUCACACGUCUCAGACCAACAGUCACCCUCAUCACCUGCAGACUGGGACAGAACAUUUACCCACCACCUGGGACCCACAGAACUACCAGUACCAGAACGGAGACUAUGCACACUCAUCCGCAGGCACGGACGAGUCCCACGGCACUGACUUCUCCACUGGGGACGGGGUGGAAGAGGACGCGUACCCUCAUAACGCUCUUCAACAUGGGGCAGGUUACCAUGGAGAUGAGGGACAAGUCCAUGGGGAGCAGAACAACAUCAGAAACCACUUUCAGGUUUUUGAUAAUGGAGGAGCUAGGAACAAACCCACUGAUGCCUACAAGGCUAGUUACCACCCACAUCAACCUUCAAACCAGCCCAAGAUGUUCAAUCCUCAAGUGACCAGUCAGAAUGGCCCCUUUGACCAGAUUCAGAGAGACUUCCUGGACUCAACUCAGAGUACAGCAGAUGGUCAGCAGCUGGCGCAGCUUCAGAUUUUAAACCGAGCUCAAUCCAGACAGAUCGAGGAGCUGGAACAGAAACUAGAGGACUGCAGGAGGAGGAUGAGAUAUCUGGAGCACCAAUUCACCAUUGUUAAAGAUGAGAAAGACGGUCUGACCACAUCACUGAAGGAGUCCAGUGCACUAGUGGAGGAGGCGAAGGAGAGAGAAGCGCAGCUGCAGGGGAGAAUCAGAUCUCUGGAGAAACAGGUUCAGUCUCUCACAGACAGAGAGCAAGAGAGCCUAAAGCAGCAGCGUGUGGCUGAGGCGGCGAUGGACAGCAUGAAGCAGCAGAUGAUGGAUCUGUGUCGCUCAGACACUCUGACACGAGCACGAGAGCAGCACGAUAGAGACAUGGUCGCCAUCCGGGAGCAGUAUGAAGCCAAACUGCUCACCCUUCAGCAGAAACUAGACGCACAAUCACAGAGUCUAAACGAGCAGGUUGAGGCGGGCCAGCGGCUGCUGGAUCAGGUCCGGCUGCUGGAGCGUCAGAGGGAAGAGGAUCAGGUGGACAGAGCCUCCGUCAUCAACACCCUCACACAGCGCCUGGAGGAGAGCCAGCAGCAGUGUGCCAAACUGCUCCACACUGGCUCUGUUCAAGAGAUGAGUCAGUUACAGAUGAAGCUCCAGCAGGCUCAGUCUGCCCGCUCUAUCAGUGAAGACAUCAACAAAGCCCUGCAGGAAGAGAUGACUGAACUAAAGGAGCAGAUAAAUCUGUAUGAGUCUGCCAUUAAACAUGGAGCCCUGGAGUCUAAUGGAGACCGGGAGAACCAGCUGUCUGAGUCCUACGUGGACCUGAGGAUCAAGAAGUCCAAGUGGAAAAAUGGACGAAUCCACAGCACACUUCAUAUUGCAGAAACAGGAGACUCGACCCUGCUGAAGGAGGAUGUGGUGCGAGAGCUGAAGAGCGAGUUGCAGCGCUGCCUGAGUCACCUGAAGACCAAGCGUCUGAAGAUCUCUGAGCUGCAGGAAGAGCUGCGACGCUCUCAGACCGGAGCAGAGCAGCUGCAGACGCAGCUAGAGCAGGCUGAGAGAACUGUACGAGACUCUAAGGUGAGGGAGAGCAGCUUGGAGAAACACCUGGAAACAUCCCACAUGACUGCCGCCCCUCACAAAGACCUCAUCAGACUGCAGGAGGAGCGGCAGGUGCUGCAGGAGAGAGUGGAGGCUCUGGAGAAGAGGAAUCAGGAGCUGAAGCAGAGUGAAGAGAAGGUGAAGGCUGCCAACUCUGAGCUCUGCACCAAGAUGAGAGAGAUGAUCCAGGAGCUGGACCAGGAGAAACAGGAAGCAGCAGAGAGGGAUGAGAGGACUCAGCAGCAGUUCAGGGAUGACGUGGUGAAUCGUGUCCGGGAGGAGCUCGCACAGGAGCACACGGCUCACAUAGAGCAACUCUCCAGCCAGCAACAGCAGCACCUCCAACAGCUCGAGUCAAAGCUGGCUGAUCUCAGUCAAGAGGUGUUAGCUGUGCAGGAAUGCUACAUUUCUGUUUGCAAAGAGAAGGACAAGCUGGAGGAAAAUCUCCAAAACAAGCUUGAAGAACAGAGGAGAUUGAAAGAAAAUGAGUUAAAGAGGCGAGAGGAGAGUGAGGCUGCUCUGGAGAGACUGAGGUCUGAUCUGAAGCAUCAGCAUCAGGAGGACGUGUCUCGGCUCAAAGCCCAGUGGAAGACAGAUACGCAGGCUGAGAUUGAGCUGCGGGUCAGAGAGCAGCUGGAAACGGCCAGGAAGAGCUGGCAGCAGGAGCAGGAGACGUUGGAGCAGUCCUGGGCUCAGAGGUUACAGGAGGUUGAGGAAGAGGUCAGGAAGGCUAGGCAGUCAGACACCCGUGAGGGAGCGUGCCAGCUGAUUUCAGUGGAGGAGCUGGAGGUCCGGCUCAGCGCUCAGAGGGAGACCCUGCAGCAGGAGGCUGCGACCGCCCAGGCCAGAGCCGUGGAGGAAGCAGUACGAGACGCUCAGAGAGAGAUGCAGCAGAAACACACUGAUGACACCACACUCCAGGUUGAAGGUGCGAUAUCGAGGGCUCGUUCUCGAUGGCUCCAGGACUUGACCUCCCUCCCAGAAUACAAAAGCAGCCUACAGACAGAGAAAGAUGAAUGGGAGCGACUUCAACAGCAGCAUGUCCAGGAACAGGUGUCCUCGGCUGUGAAGGCAGUGGAGGAAAGGUGGCAGGACACGCUCCGCACCAAAUGCGCUGAACUGGAGCAAUGUAACAGGAGAAACAGUGAGCUCCAGGAGGAAGUGCUUACCCUCAGCACCCGACUGGAGCGUGCGUGUCAGGAGCAGGCUGCCCUUGUGAAAGCAGAGCUGGCUGCGGCCCGAGACGUUUGGAUCAGAGACAAGCAGGAGGAGAUGUCCUGCCUCAGGGCGCUGCUCCAGAGAGAGCAGAAGCAGAAACUACAAGCCAUCUUGGAGCAGAACCUGAAGCAAACUGACAAACAAAGAGACACAGAGCUACAGAAAACUCUCAGACAAAAGGAGCAGGAGUGGAGAGAUCAACAAGAGAUCAGACUGCAGGAGGAGAAGCAGCGGGUGCUGGAGGAGGUGCUCCGUGAUCUAGAGGAGGUGCUGCAGGAGGGAGUGGAGAGGAGAGAGAGUGGAGAAGAACAGAAGCUCAGCAGUGCACCAGGAACCAUUAGAUCCAGAGUUUGGGAGAUCUGCAGAGAAUCACUCAGUCAAACCGUCAACCAAGCUAAGCAGGAGUGGAAGAAGAGCAGCGAAGACAAGCUGAGACGUGUGCUGAAGGAAGCCCAGGGGCGCCAUGAGGCAGAGCUCGCAGGUCUGACGGCCCAGAGGAAGCAGAGUGAAUGCGCUGAGUCUGUGGCCAAACUCCAGAAGAAGAAUCAAGAUCUCCAGAGACAUCUAGAAAAGGCCUGCCGGCAGCUCCAGAGGACCGUACGAGAGCACAAAAACACCCUGCAGAAGAUAAAAGAUGAGCACGAGGCAGCCCUGCAGAAGGAGCAGCAGGGUCAUCUCAAAGGCCUUGAGGAACUGAAACAAACCUCAAAUGCAGAUGCACUUUCAGGCGGUUCAGUCAGCCAGCAGAAUCUUCAAGCAGGUCUUGAGGAAAUGAACGAGCAAUACAUGAAAGCCGUGGAGAAAAUCAGAGGUGACAUGCUGCGUUACCUGCAGGAGAGUAAGGAACGGGCGGCAGAGCUGAUCAGGACUGAGGUCCUGAGGGAAAGACAGGACACAGCCAGACGCAUGCGCAGGUGCUACCUCACCUGCCUGCAGGAGCUGCUGGAGGACGGAGGCCAGGCCGCAGGAGCUGAGAAGAAAAUCAUAAAUGCUGCUAGCAAACUGGCCGCCAUGGCCAAAGUCCUCGAGACCCCGGUGGCCAAACGCAAGCUUUCGAGAACCCAGGACUCUCAAGGUGGAUCAGAUGAAACGGACAUUGAAACCAGCUGUUCUCCUGCUAAAGUGCUGGGAGCUGAAGCCCUCAAGGAUGGUAAGGACAAACAGAUCCAUCAGAUCCACAAUCUAAUGGACACCAACUAUACAUCCAUGAUGGCUAAACAGAAAGGCAUCAAACCUAAAGCCCUCGAACCAGAUUCUCUCAGGUCUGCAGUGGUAUGUGGUUCUAAAGACACUUUUACGGUUGCUCAGGUAACUCAGAAGCACACACACUUUGCACACAAUAAAGUUUUUAACAGUGUUGUCAGGACCCCUAAUGUCACACUGAGAAAACAAAGCAGGGAAGUGUUCAUGGGGGGUUUUGAGUCCGGUAAAACGGAUCCAUCAUCCAUCCAGUCCUUCCUGAUCGAAGAAGCUCCCGUUCGGGAUGACGGACACAGUGACUGGAGUUUAACCAGUAAUGGAUCCAACUUCAUCAGCAACAUUCACCUGACCUCCUCCUAUCCAGAGCCUGGAAAGCCGUUCUCAGUUAACGGCGGUUUGGACUUUGGAAGCUCCAUCGGCGAGAACUCUGAUGUUACGAUAUACAAGGAGUUCGUUCAGCCUCUGUCUUACUCUAAACCCAAUGUGUGUGCGGACAGGAGAACAAACAAACACAGAGAGCCAGUCCCUGGAUCUGAGGGACAUGGUGUCUGGAAAAAGUGUCCAAAGAGCUUAUUUUCAGAGUUGAAAGUGCGUCAGCAGGACAGUGGGUUCGACAGCCCAUUGGCACUGCUUCAGAAAUGAAGUUUGGAUUGGUUUGUGACCUGAGCAAACACAUUUUUGUAUAUAAAAGAGUUAAGCUUGUGCAAUUAUUAUUUUUUUUGUACUUGUUUGAGCCAAACGUCUUAGCAGUUGUACUGUCUGUGCAUGAAUUUGUUACCUCUUAACUUAAUAAAGCAUCCUAGUUUUACAUUAAUUCAACUGUUUUUCUGUUAUCUGCUUUCACACAAGAUAUUUAGGCUACCAUACUGAAUAAGCAAACCUCACCAUCAUAAUUUUUCACCAUCAUAAUUUUUCACAUGCUGCAUAAAACACAAAGAACAAAGUGACAGUUUAUCAUUAUCUUACAUUCCAGACACCUGACUGCAGUUUAUCCUUAAGGAUGUGUUAUAUUCCUCAGGCUGUGUCUGUGCCUCCAAUCAAAGUCCACUGGCAGAUAAGAUGAGGUCAAAGAUUAUUGUUAUACAUCACCUGGGUCAUUCUAUGAAAUGGUUAGUGAACUUUUUUGGUUAGAUGAUUUGGUUAGUUUUUUAAU